ACUCACUCACUCACUCUCUUCCUCUCACUCUCCCUCUCUCUCUUCCAUUGGGAGAAAUUUGCGUAGCCUCUCCCCAUUUCCCGGUUUCCAAGGACAGUUCACCUCGAGGUCUGUUUUCGAGAGACUUCCUGGUUCACAUUCGCAAUUUUGCAAAGCAGAGUUUCUUUGCGUCACCACAUUCAACUUACACCAACACCAACACCGAAAUCCCCCACUUACCUCCGGGCUACACGACGACCGAUAUCUAGGGACUCCCUUCCCCGGCCACCUCAUUCCAAGACAAUACAUUCUUUCGGGGGUCCCUUUCCGAAUCGAGUCGUCCACGAUAGAAAAGAGACACAAACGGGUAUCCCGCAUUCCGCAUCUCGACCGCAUCAUCGACUGAAGGUCCUUACUGUCCGUCGUCGCCAUUAUGGCGCCGGCAGAUGGGUUCUCGGCGCCGGGGGUCGCUUCGUACGACUCCAACACAAUGUCGGUCGGCGACGGCACCUGGGACUUUGAUAAGAAUACCUUCCUGUUGCCUAACCUAGUCGGCCUCAACUUCGAGACGAUGCAAUACAAUGGCAUGGGCAAUCGCUUCUCGACGGUCGCCCAGUACCACACUCUGGUGCUCGCCCACGGCGUCAUGGCCGCCAUCAUCUUCCUCCUUAUCGUCCCGGUCUCCGUCUUCACGGCUCGGUUCUACACAGCGAAGCCUGGUUAUGCGAUACCUUAUCACGCGCAACUGAACAUCCUCGCGGUGCUGAUGCUUAUCGCCGUCUUCGCCCUGGGCUGGUUCGCCGUCGGCCCCGAGCGAAGUUUGACUAACCCGCACCAUGCUAUAGGUCUGGCCAUCUUCAUCAUGUUUCUGCUACAGAUCAUAGGCGGCCGGCUUGUGAGACACAUUCGAGGACGCUCGAUCCGGAAGAUGUUUCAUCGCUGGAGCGGAAGGCUCAUUGCGCUCCUCGGCAUUAUCCAGGUUCCCCUCGGUCUAACGCUCUAUGGCUCGCCCAAGUGGACCUUCAUCAUCUACUCGCUCUGGGUCGCUUUCCUUCUGCUCGUCUAUUUUGUUCUCAGUUACCGUGCCGAGGGCGCUGAUCGUGGUCGCGACAUCUACAUCAGUGGUGGCCGUUCUGAAGGCCCGAGCGGCGUCACGGGGUCGGAAUACUACAGCGACGUGUACACCGAGAAGUCCAAGGGCCGCAAAUGGUUGGCGCCUCUUGCGGCCGGUGCGACCAUCGCAGCCCUGUUCAGUCGCAAGAAGUCCAAGGAGAAGGAGAAGGAGCUCAGCCGCGAGAGAUCCAAGUCGAGGAGUCGCAGCCGCGGGCCAGAGGUGAUAGGUUCUAGGCGGGGUUCGGCGAGUUAUCUCACCUCUAGAAGGGGCUCAGACACAUACCUCGAAGAUGAGAAGUUCACCGAAGUGGACUCCCGACGGGAUGGCAAGAAGUCUGGAGGCGGUUUCAUGUCGAAGCUGUUCGGCGUCGGCGCCGCCUUUGGGGCCGGCAAGCUGGUCUCCAAUCUCAUAAAGCGAAAGGAGAAGCAGCCAUACGACGAAGAAUACUCGGCGGUUUCGGCAGAGACCCCAAGACGCCGCCCAAGCCGAAGCUACCCUGCCACCAGUGAAUACACCGAUUACACUGACUGGACCGAGGACACUCCACCGCCUAGACGUGGACCUCGUGAUGGUUCCAUCCUACCACCCCCUGGAGGCCCAACAGCUGCAGCCGCAGCUCUCAGUGCUGCCGAGCCACGAACAAAUCGACCCCCGCAUGCAAGGACCCGUUCGCAGUACAGUUUCGAGGACUCGGAAUACUCAUCAUAUGUCAGCCCAUCCAGACGGAAAGAUGACCCACCCGCCGGUCCCGCGGGCGGGGCCGCAAAGGGCAUCUUGGCCGGCCUGGGUCUGGGGUGGUUUGCCAAGAAGCUGGCCGACCGCAAGUCGAAGCGCACAGAGGAGCAAAGAAUCCGAGACGAGGAAGAGAUGAGGUCAGGAUUCACCGAAUCAAGGUACACUGCAGAUGGGUUCUCAUCACCUUCCCGCGAUCGACGGGGCUCCCGGCGUGUCAGCGGACGUCGCCCGAGACCGCCCAUGUCGGCUUUGAGCACCGAAAUCACACAGUUGACCGAAUCUUCCGAGCUGGAGCCUCGACCUGCUGGCGCCGGCUACGGGGGGCCACCGAUGCCACCCCUAUCUGCGGGACCCCCGCCAACGAUGAUGCACACCGGGCCAGGAGGGCCUCCUGUUUACCCUGUCGGUCAUUCGCAAACAAUGUCAAGACACGAUGUCCUCGAACCAGUCGGCAUGCCUCCAAUGCCCCCGGACCCAGCAGGCCUACUCCACCGCGAGUCUGAGAGCGAGGUCUACAUGUCACCUAGCGGGAGGCCCCACCGACGAGACUCGUCCAAACGCAGGAGAGCCGGAGAAGAGGCGGCGGCUGCUGCAGUUGCGUCGGCCAGUGCGCUUGCAGCGGCAGAGGACCGCCGCCGCGCCCACUCGGAGCGCUCGCAACCUGUGAGCGUCAAAGUCAGGGUUCACGACGACAAGGACAGAAACAUUACGCUACGGAGACUGACCGAGGAGGAAGCGGCCGCCAACAGGCGCGGGGAAAGCAGGAGGAGACGCGGCUCAGUCAGCAGUUUAUCCGGAAUCGAAGUCGGCAGUGGCCGACGUUACCGUCGCGACUCGAGUCAGAGACGAGCCGAAUCAGCAGCGGAGCACGUUGUCGAGGCCGGAGACCCCCUGCCGCCGCCGAACCCCGCAUUCGCUGCGGGCAGAAAGCCAAAAGACUCGGCCUACUACUCGGGAGGCCCGCCGGUGCAAUCGACGCCGAUGGCCGGCGCUACUGUCUCUAGCAUAGGCAGCGAGAAUACUCAUGGUACCUGGAGCCAAAUGAGCCCUUCGCCCAGCGCACCCCAGACUAACCCUGUUGGGUCCGCAGCGGCCGAUAACCGUCGGAGGAGGAGACAGGAGCGUAGACGAAGCAGCUCGAGCCGACCGACAGGGGCGGACAUGUUCGAUUAGCAGAAUUGAAUGUACGACGACGGCGGAGAGUAUGUCGACGACAAGCAACGAUGACGAUGACGAACAAACGAAAGACGAAGAACGGCCCACGACCGAGACGAUGUUGAUGCGAGUUCCCUCAAGGAUAGGCACAGAAUUAAAAGAAAAAGAAUCAAUCAAAAACCGCAUAACCAGCGAUAGGAUACGAUUUGGCAUGGAAACAGUCAUCAGGAUGCAUUGGGUCGGUAACCCUAUCGCAACCCGUGGCGACAGGGCCGAGAGUUUCGAGAGGAGUUUAUGGAGUUUUGUGCCCCGGGGCAUUUUCACCAAGGAGGGGGAAGCUGGAGCAUGUCGUGCUCCCUUGACCAACUUUGACGAGUUCAAGGGAUCAAAGAUAAAGGCAUUGCAGGCUUUUUUUUUUUUUUUUUUUUUUGCGUCUACCAAUCAAUGUAUGAAGGAUCAUGCGAGCAUUUCUCUUGAUGGACUCCUGUACGAAAGAAAGAGUAACGCAGUGUGUAAUUGUGAUGGGUAUAAUUGGAAAUCUCCUUCACAGCCCAUGCAUGAAAGUCAUCUAUACUGUUAUGUGCUUCUGUGUAAAAUUGCUGCAUACGGCCUCACUUUGACUUCUAUCCAUAUGUUGAAGUAACUGGGCGUUUGAUUCAUGGUGUGGAUUCGUCGGCUGCGUGCCGUGCCAAUCUAAGCAGGCUAAGCUGCUUCUUAUAUCUCGCGUUCUACUUCAAACAUGACUCUCCUCCUAGUUGUCCUUCCACAUUCUAAGGCAAUGACGGUGAAAGUGAAGAGGGAAAAUACUAUCCCUGUCUUGUUGUUCCCUUUGAUGCACUCCGUUCCAACAUAUUAUCUCGACU